UCAGCUGAUGGCUUGUUGUAGUCAAGAUGGCUUCCGCGGAGCAAGUCGGUCUGAACAAAACUUGGGAAUUAUCGCUGUAUGAGCUUCAUCGUACGCCUCAGGAUGCAAUUACUGACAAUACAGAAAUCGCAGUCAGUCCACGAAGUUUGCACAGUGAGCUUAUGUGCCCAAUUUGUCUGGAUAUGCUUAAAAAGACUAUGACUACCAAGGAGUGCCUGCAUCGUUUCUGUUCCGAUUGUAUUAUUACGGCACUUAGGAGCGGUAAUAAGGAAUGUCCGACAUGCAGAAAAAAACUGGUAUCCAAGAGGUCUCUCAGACCAGAUCCUAAUUUUGACCUAUUGAUUUCUAAGAUAUAUCCCAGUCGUGAUGAGUACGAGGCACACCAAGAAAGAGUACUGGCAAAACUAAACAAGUCGCAUUCACAGGCUGCAUUGGUAAAUUCUAUUACAGAGGGGAUCAAAUUACAAAGCCAAAAUCGUUCUCAGAGGUCUAGAAAGAAUGCUAACGAGUCAGAGAAUGCUAGCAACGCAACAUCCUAUAACAAUUCACAAAAUGCAAGUGCCCCAGCAACACCAAACGCUACAAAUGCUGCGAAUCAAAGUGACUCGUCUCAAAGUACAACAGGACCUUUAAAUAAUAGUAGUGGAGGUACAACAUCCAGAAAUUCUACCACGCCAUCACCAAAUCCAGCAAAUCAAAUUCCCAAACCUCCAAAACGACAGAAAAGUUUACAAAAUUCGGAGAAUGACUCAUCUAGUGCAGAAGCCGAAACCGGUGGUGGUGAUUCCAUGGUAGACACAGAGGGUGAAGGUCCGAGCGAACCUUUAAUGCUUAAUGAAAUCGAACUCGUCUUCAAACCACAUCCUACGGAAAUGGCUGGAGAUAAUUCACUCAUAAAAGCUUUGAAGGAAAAUAGUAUUCGGUACAUCAAGACAACGGCGAACGCGACAGUGGAUCAUCUGAGUAAGUACCUGGCUAUGCGGCUAACGUUGGAUCUGGAUACAGAAUUAUCAGAAUCGGAUAGGCUAUUGAAUUUUUGCAUCUACAUAGCACCAUCGCCUGGUCAAUUAGUGGUUUUAAGCGGAUCUCAAACGUUAAGACAGGUGAACGACAAAUUCUGGCGCGUCAAUCGACCCCUGGAAAUGUAUUACUCGUGGAAGAAGACCUAGGGAAGGCCUCGAAAGUAUCAAUCUGACGGGAGCUAACCCAUUAAGCUCUAAAAAUAGAAAAUAAAAAACAAGAAAAAGAAAAAAAAUCAUUCAUACUACGUGAAGUACAGAGAAAUACAGAGAAACGUGUAUUAUUACCUAUCAAAAGUUGAUGAAUAUAUUUUACUGUACUUCAGUAGCCUUGGAUUAUGUUCAAGAAUCGGGAGAGGUACGAGAAAAACAAGUUUCUCAUGAUAGUGGGCAGUGGUGCAAUUUUUCUCUUUGUGGGAGUGGUUGCUCGUACAUUUCCUUCGUGGGGAACAAUAGAAGAAGCGGAUAGAUUUUUAAUUGAAGCUUUGUAUAACAAUUUAUUCUAAAUGCAACAGAGUUCAGUCCCUCGGAUAUACAAACUGCCAUUCACCCAAUUCCAUUGGAUUAUGAAUGGAUUUAUGGAUUUUCGUGACGCUGAACCGUGAAAUGCGUAUAAUAUUCACCAGACUAUGUCCUUUUUUCGCAGGUGUAAAUUAAUCCAAUACGCCCAAUUAUACAAUACUUGAGCAAAUUGAUGGCCUCAAUGGUUAAGUAACUUAUUUAAUAUAAGUCUCCGAUCUGCUGUGGACCAUUCUGUACAGUUUCACGAAAAAAUAAAUUAAUGUAUAUACUACUACUCUUGUUAAAA